UGACUAGUAAACCUUGGCAGAUUUGAAACUGCGAAACCAAGCAUACAGAACUUCAUUCAAAACAAAAUACACUAAGGAAACCCCACCUCUCCGUAUGAUUGGCUGAUGGAUACCAAUUCAAGAAACUGGAAAUGGGCAAGAAAAAACCACUUGCUUGCAGUUCUCUCUAUCUUUUUGUUGCAAAACCAUCUUCAUGUCUCUGUAAUGUUUGUUGAGGCCAAAAGUAGUGUGCAUAUUGUAUAUAUGGGACAGAAGAAGUAUGAUGAUCCAGCCACUACCAAAAAUUCUCACCAUAAAAUGCUAUCAACCUUGCUAGGAAGCAAAGAAGCUGCAAAAAGUUCCAUACUAUACAGCUAUAGGCAUGGCUUUUCUGGGUUUGCUGCAAGAUUGACAGAAUCUCAGGCAGAAGCAAUUGCAGACUUUCCUGGAGUUGUCCAAGUGAUCCCAAAUCGCAUUCACAAGCUCCAUACAACCAGAAGCUGGGACUUCAUUGGGAUCAACCAACAUUCUUCGAAAAAUCUUUUAAGAAAUAGCAACAUGGGUGAAGGGACAAUCAUUGGUAUGAUAGAUUCAGGAGUUUGGCCAGAGUCUGAGUGUUUCAAUGAUGAAGGCAUGGGUCCAGUUCCAUCACGCUGGAAAGGAAUUUGCCAACAAGGAGAGCGCUUCAAUUCCACAAAUUGCAACAAGAAACUUAUUGGAGCUCGUUGGUUUGUGAAAGGAAUGAGGGAUGAAAGCAAACUGCCCAUUAAUGACACUGACACCAUAGAAUUUCUGUCCCCACGAGAUGUAAUUGGCCAUGGAACUCAUACGGCUUCGACAGCAGCUGGCUAUUUUGUUAAAAAUGCAAACUACAGGGGAUUAGCUGCUGGUUUAGCUAGAGGAGGAGCGCCGCUUGCUCACCUUGCUAUUUACAAGGCUUGUUGGGCAAUUGGUAACGGAGGAUGCAGUGAUGCUGACCUUCUAAAAGCAUUUGACAAAGCCAUACAUGACGGAGUGGAUAUCCUAUCCUUAUCUGUUGGCGAUGACAUUCCUCUGUUCUCCUAUGUCGAUCAGCGUGACCCAAUUGCAAUUGGUUCUUUCCACGCAACCGCUAAGGGGAUCAGUGUAGUUUGUUCAGCAGGAAAUGAUGGUCCUAUCUCGCAAACAAUAUCAAACACUGCACCAUGGGUCAUCACCGUUGCAGCCACCACAAUAGACAGGGCCUUCCCAACAGCCAUUACACUUGGAAAUAACCGCACUAUAUGGGGCCAAUCUAUCGAUAUUGGAAAACAUCAUCUUGGAUUCACUGGCCUUACAUACUCAGAACGCAUAGCUGUAGAUCCCACAGAUGAUUCAGCCAAGGACUGUCAGCCAGGAAGUCUCAAUGCAACGAAGGCAGCAGGGAAAAUUGUACUUUGUUUCUCAAAAUCACAUCAACAGAAUAUAGCCUCUGCAUCAAAUUCUGUUCUGGUGGCAGGAGGAGUUGGACUCAUAUUUGCACAUUUUCAUGAUGACGGGCUUUUAUCAUGCAAUAUAAUCCCAUGUAUUAGAGUAGAUUAUGAAGUAGGGACACAAAUACUUUCCUACAUCAGAAGAGCAAGGUCUCCAACUGCAAAGCUUAGUUUUCCAAGAACGGACAUUGGGAAUUGGGUGUCUCCACGAGUUGCAUCUUUCUCAUCCAGAGGACCAAGUUCCAUGUCCCCAUCAGUGCUAAAGCCUGACAUCGCUGCACCGGGUGUUGACAUCUUAGCGGCAUAUCCACCAGUAUAUACAAAACACAGCAAUGGGUUUGCACUGCAAUCAGGAACUUCAAUGGCUUGUCCCCAUGUGGCAGGAAUAGUAGCUCUCAUUAAAUCUGUACAUCAGAACUGGUCACCUGCAGCGAUAAGAUCAGCUCUGGUCACAACCGCUUACCAAAUUGGAACAGAUGGAACGAAUAUAUCUCAAGAUGGCCCCAAUCGCAAGGUAGCUGAUGCAUUUGACUUAGGUGGUGGGCAUGUUAAUCCCAACAAAGCAGUGGAUCCAGGGCUGAUUUACAACAUUAGCACAGAUGAUUAUGUUCAGUUCCUCUGCUCCAUAGGUUACAGCAGUGCCUCCAUCGCCAGUUUGACCAAGACAACAAUCGAUUGUGUGGAGAAAAGCCAUUUUGAACUCAAUCUCAACCUCCCUUCUAUCACAAUUCCUAACCUCAAAAAAACAGUAACAGUAACAAGAACGGUGACAAAUGUAGGACACUUAACUUCAGUCUAUAAAGUUAUGGUGGAGGCUCCAUAUGACAUAAAAAUGACAGUAAAGCCUCAAACUUUGAGUUUCAAUUCAACCACCCAAAUUCUUUCCUUCCAAGUUACCUUCUCCUCAACACAAAAACUAUAUGGAGACUACAAAUUCGGAAGUCUAACAUGGACAGACGGCAAGCAUCUUGUUAGGAUUCCUAUAGCUGUACGGCCAUCAAACCUGGAUCAUAUAUAUGGAAAUGCAUAAGAUGGAUGGAAAAUAAUACAGUCGAAUGAUUAUCUCUGAGAAUGAAUCUGCUUCAGUCUUGGACAAAGGGAUAUGAACAAAAGAAAGCAACAGUGAACUAUUAGUUCAUUUGAUGCUUGAUAAGAAAUGGAAUUCAUGUACCUUCUGAGUAAAUUUGGAAGACUUUGUCAUUUAGGCAAAGGAUCAAUUCAGCUUCUUUUGAUUUUCUCACCAAAUGUGGACGAAUUUCAGCAUUAAAUCUUUCUAUAUUUGUUCAGUUUUUCCUUUCUUUGAGGAUUCUUAAAAUUUAGGAGAUUUUCUUUCCUUUUCUUUAACCUUUUGAGCGUUGUUACAAGUUUGGAGCUUUUGUAUGGAAAUCAGUUUUUGACAUCAAUAGUAAUUUCAGUUCUUCAUUCUCAACAAGUGAUGUUGAUUUGUGAAUUGAAGACACAACUUUUCUUUCAGCUA